ACAUCAAACAACCCUCCUCUUUUCACUACUUCCACUCCCUAAAAGUCAACCUAUAUCCAAACCCAAAGCUAAUACCCGGUGUGCCAUUAGCACAAAUCUCACUUCCCAAUAUCACCAUUUCCCUCCCAAUCCAACGCUUCAGAUUCACCCAAAAUCAAAUUUCCAAAUCACACACUCUUCUUCUUCUUCUUCCUCCUCCAGCUGAGUUCAACUCGGUGACUCUGUAUGUCUAAUUAGCAACGAAAACGUGACAAUGCCGGUUUCAACUCGGUCUCAGAUCUUCGUCACCAACAAUGGCGAAAACGAACCGAAUCCCUCGACGGCGACGCGGCUGAGGAACCCGCACCACGGCCUCAAGGAGAAGCUGAAAACCCUAACUCUCCUAUACGAGCAACAGAAGCAAGCCUCGGUGGCUCUCAAGAGCCACGCCUCUCUCAAGCUUCAAGAUGAGAAGACCGUGAUGCGAGAAAACUCGAUGCCUAACACAACCGUCACAAGAACCUUCGUCUUGCCCCAGCCUCCCUCGCACCACCACCACGACGCAAAGGAGAACGCUGUCAUCGGCGCGGAUCGAAUCGUUGGGUUCUCGUGUCCAAGAAAAACCGCGACGGCGAUGGCGGCGGCGAAUAAUAAUGUUUCGUGUUCCGCCGCCGUGGCGCGGAAGCUCUCGAUGGGGGCGGAGGCGGGUUCGGAGAAGGCAGGGAAAGUCGGGAGCAGGAUUCUGGUGUUCGUGAGGCUGAGGCCUAUGAAUAGGAAGGAAAAGGAAGCGGGUUCACGGUGCUGUGUGAGAAUGGUUAAUCGGCGUGAUGUUUAUCUCACGGAGUUUGCCAAUGAAAACGAUUACCUCAGACUCAAUAGGCUUCGUGGACGCCACUUUACCUUCGAUGCUGCGUUUCCAGAUUCCGCUACUCAGCAAGAAGUUUAUUCCACCUCGACUUCAGAACUUGUGGAAGCGGUUUUGCAAGGGAGGAAUGGGUCGGUUUUCUGUUAUGGGGCGACGGGAGCUGGGAAGACUUACACAAUGCUGGGAACGGUGGAGAGUCCGGGGGUGAUGGUUUUGGCGAUUAAGGAUGUUUUCAGUAAAAUCAGGCAGAGGAGUUGUGAUGGAAGCCAUGUGGUUCAUUUGUCCUAUCUUGAGGUUUAUAAUGAAACAGUUAGGGAUUUGCUAUCCCCUGGAAGGCCGCUGGUUCUUAGAGAAGAUAAACAGGGGAUUGUGGCAGCAGGUCUUACACAAUAUAGAGCUUAUUCCACAGAUGAAGUGAUGGCAUUGCUUCAACAGGGAAAUCAAAACCGAACCACUGAGCCAACUCGUGCAAAUGAAACAUCUUCCCGUUCCCAUGCAAUUUUGCAGGUUGUGGUAGAAUAUCGAGUUAGAGAUGCUGCAAUGAAUAUUAUUAACCGAGUGGGUAAGCUCUCGUUAAUUGAUCUUGCAGGAUCAGAGAGAGCUCUUGCCACAGAUCAAAGAACACUUAGAUCUCUUGAGGGUGCCAAUAUAAAUCGGUCUCUUCUCGCACUAAGCAGCUGCAUUAAUGCUCUUGUAGAAGGCAAGAAACACAUACCAUAUAGAAAUUCAAAACUCACACAACUUCUCAAGGAUUCACUAGGAGGAACUUGUAACACUGUCAUGAUUGCAAACAUAAGCCCAAGUAACCUCUCAUUUGGUGAAACACAGAACACAGUUCAUUGGGCUGAUAGGGCCAAGGAGAUUCGGGCAAAGGUAAGCGAUGCAAAUGAGGAUCAAUUACCAGUGCCUGAGACAGAAACUGACCAGGCCAAGCUAGUACUUGAGCUGCAAAAGGAGAAUCGCGAGUUAAGAAUACAGCUAGCACAACAUCAACAGAAGUUGUUGACUCUCCAAGCACAAUCCAUAGCGUCGCAUCCUUCCUCAACGCCACCUUCUGCUGGAGGACCUCUUUCCAGUCCUCCAACUUCUGCUCAACCAAUUGAAAAACGAAGGACUAGAUCCUCUUUCUUGGCUGGAACUUGUUUCACUCCAGAAACCAAGAAGAAGGGAGCUGAUCUAGCUAUCAAGACACUUCAACGGACCGUGAAAACACUAGAGGCAGAGAUGGACAGAAUGAAGAAGGAUCAUAGCUUGCAGCUAAAGCAAAAAGAUGAUCUUAUUCGUGAGCUUUCACAAAAGGGUGGAAAACAAACAAUAGCAACUGGGGAAGUGGGGAAGGGAGUCACGACCAGGGCUAGCCGACAGCCAAAGGAACAAAACAAUAGUGAGAUGAAGAGUCCAAGUCAACGUUUCAGAUCACCAGCCCCAACUGCCAAGAAACGAAGCUUUUGGGACAUAACCACAACUAAUAGUCCAUCAGUUACUACAUUAAAUGGUAGAAAAACUAGAAGUCAUGUACUUGCUGAACCUACUGUACCUCCUCCAUCCAUGCUUCUUCAGCCUGGUUUCGCUCGUCAAAAAGCCAACAUUUAAGUAAUUUAUGAAGCAGUGGAAAAGGAAGUUGCCAGAGCACAGGAAAGUACAAUAUUAUAUAGAGAUCAUUGCAAACUUGAUAUGCUCCUUCUUUGUAGCCACUAGCCAUCUUUUUAUGUAAUCUAAGGAUGAUUGUAUAGACUAGAGUUUCUUUUACCUGUUUUUUCAUUAAUCACCUCCCUCACCCACACCAAUUUCAUUAUUGUGGGCUUAGGGAGAAAACUCCAAAACCUUUAUCAUAUAUGUACAUUCAUUGUUUUCUCAAUCU